GGCCAGUUCCGUCAGUAUUAUCGGCUCGUGCAGAAACAGCAUCCGUUCUCGUGCACUGAGGUCAGAGUCGGACUGAGUUCAGCGGCGCUCCUCCUCUUCCUGUGUUAGCAUUAGCAUUAGCACCGGAGCUCCGCCGUGACGCCAUGCAGAACCCAAAUGAGGACACGGAGUGGAACGACAUCCUGAGGAGGAAGGGCAUCCUGCCCCCUAAAGAGCCCGUGCAGGAGGAGGAAGAGGAGGAGGCGGGCCUUCAUCAGCACUCUGUCGUGAAGACGUAUGAGGACAUGACGCUGGAGGAGCUGGAGGACAACGAGGACGAGUUCGGAGAGGAGGACGAGAUCGCCAUCGAGAUGUACAGGCAGAAGAGACUUGCUGAGUGGAAAGCCAAGCAGCUGAAGAACGUUUUCGGUGAAGUGAAGGAGAUCUCAGGACAAGACUACAUUCAGGAAGUGAACAAGGCCGGGGACGGAAUCUGGGUGGUGCUGCACCUCUACAAGCAAGGCAUCCCCCUCUGCACGCUGAUCAAUCAGCACUUGUCCUCGCUGGCACGGAAGUUUCCGGACACCAAGUUCCUGAAGUCGAUCUCCACGACGUGCAUCGCCAACUACCCCGACAGGAACCUGCCCACCAUCUUCGUCUACCACCAGGGGGAGAUGAAGGCGCAGUUCAUAGGGCCGCUCGUCUUCGGGGGAAUGAACCUCAAGUGUGACGAGCUGGAAUGGCGUUUGUCCGAAUCCGGCGCCGUUAAGACGGACCUGGAGGAGAACCCGAGGAAACAGAUCCAGGACCAGCUCAUCUCAUCGAUCCGCUGCUCGGCGCCGAGUCGUAAGGACAGUGACGAUUCUGAAGACGACUGACUCCGCCCCUGACUAUGAUUUAUGGACCACAUUCGGACUCUUUCAGUUCUCACAGACCCGCGAUUUAUUUCAGGUUUAAACGGUUAAAGUGUCCGUGUGUUCCUGUAGCGUCUCUAACACACACAGUCAGAACUCCAGCUGUGUGUGUGUGUGUGUGUGUUUAAAUUGCCCCUGAUCUCCCCCUCCCUCUCUCUAAUCCCCCAGCCCACCCCGGCCGCGCGGCUCUGAGACGCCGGUGUCCGUGUGCUCAUUACUAACAGGACGGGAACUCACUGUAUAUAAUAAUGUUUGUGGUCAUAAAGGACUGUGGUGAUGUGACGCCCUCUAGUGGUGAUGACGAAGAACUUCAGUAACACAACAUCUGGAUUUUAAAGCCAUUUUAUAAUCAAUAAAUCUGAUGUUAUUUA